AACAGUCCAGUGGUGUGAUAUGUAAUAAGUACUAGCACUUAAUAGAAAAGAUAGCCUAUUAGCAUAAAAACAGAUAUAACUACGGCUUAUGGGUUAAAUGACGAAGAGUAAACAAGCAGAGGCUGCGCAAAAUGUGUGCUCUAUGACGCUCUUGAACACACUCUCUCUCUCUCGUUGGACUGACGCGUGCAUACAACCGGCUCUUUAGUGCAAUAUAGCUGACUGACCAGAGCCAGUGGAGGAGAUCGGGAAGCGACGUUUGCAUAUGCAAAAUGAAGUUUUCUAUUUGUGCAGCCAAACCUGAAGACUGUCGAGAUAUAGCGCGUAUGAUUAUGGAAUUGGCCGUUUAUGAAAAGAUGCCUGACCAAGUGAAUAUUUCCCAUGAAGUGUUGGAGAGGGAUGGAUUUGGCCCCAAUCCUUUUUACCAGUGUCUUAUAGCUGAGGUACCUGAGGAGCACCGGUCUAAAGAUGGACAUACCAAGGUGGGCUAUGCUCUCUUCUUCUAUACGUAUAGCACUUGGAAAGGGAGGACCGUGUAUAUGGAAGAUCUGUAUGUGAUGCCACAGUUCAGAGGGAAAGGCAUUGGAAAGGCUUUAAUGGCAACUGUUGCCAAAGUGGCCAAGGAGCAGCAUUGUGUACGUUUACAGCUCUCUGUAUUAGACUGGAAUAAACCCUCUCUAGACUUUUAUUUGGCUAAAGGUGCAGAGGACCUCACAGCUAAAGAGGGCUGGCAUUUUCUCCGCUUUCAUGGAACAGCUCUGGAUAAUCUAGCACAGGAAGCACCUUGAAGAACAUUUAGACAAUAAACGAAUUGCAAAUACAGUUUGUUGUAGUUGGAAUAGUUCAAGCUUCUGUCCUCAAAUUGCAUUUGUCCCUAUUGUAACUGAACUGAACCUUCUGAUUCAUUGUGCACAGAGCAACAUUUAUAAAACAAUGUUGUAAAAGUU